CUAAAACUGUCGCAAUAAAAAGAGAUAUGCUAUUAACUACACGUCUUUGAUCAUGGAAACCGAGUAUAUUUAAGGGAAAACAAAACUCAAAUCGUCAAGAUCUUUGAACAACUGAAUUCGAUAGGAAGGAAGUAACAUCUAAGGUGAGGUAGCGGUAUAACAUCAUCCACCGGCCCGACCAUCAUGGCUGAAGCGGAGCAACAACAAGCAACGCCAGAACAACCUAAGGCAGUCCCAAAACAGAAGGAAGUACUUGCAACGAAGGUAACUGGCACAGUAAAAUGGUUUAAUGUCAAAAGUGGCUAUGGAUUCAUUAAUAGAAAUGAUACCAAAGAAGACGUCUUUGUGCAUCAAUCGGCCAUUGUAAAAAAUAAUCCGAAGAAGGCCGUUCGAUCCGUCGGUGACGGCGAAGUGGUAGAGUUUAGCGUAGUGGUUGGAGAAAAAGGGAAUGAGGCAGCCAAUGUAACUGGUCCUAACGGUGAUCCAGUAAGGGGCUCGCCUUAUGCCGCCGAUCGUAGAAGAGGAUAUCGUCAAUGGUACUAUCCUAGAGGAAGACGGGGACGCCGUGGAGUAAGCAGAGGCGGCGGGCCGCCAAGAGAAAGUCAAAGUGAUGGUGAAUUAAAGGAUGGAGCACAAUCUGGAGGUGAAGGAGGUGGACAAGGCGGCCAAGGACAAGGUCCACCACGUCGUUUUAGACCCAGACGAGGUCGUGGAGGCUAUGGAGGAGGAAGAGGAUACUAUAGAGGACCCUACCGUGGACCGCCAGGAGAUCCAGAUCAGAAUGGCGAUGCUCCCCGUGGUCGUCGACCCAUGCGCGGACUUUUCCGCCGUAAUUUUCGUGGAGGCCAAGGAGGCCCUAGACCACGUUCCCAGGACAGCCAGGGCCAAGCUGGAGAGCAAAACGGUCAAGAAGGUGGACCACGUGGACCACCACGUCCACGCUACCGCAGACGUGGCCCACCACGUCCAAGAACCGGUAACUCUCAUUCGGAUUCUGCUGGAGGAAACCAACAGAAUGUCAAGGUAUAUAUAUUAUAUUGUGUAACUUUGAAAUUUGUGAAAAUAUCUUCGAAUAUUGAAACAUUACUUGGAAAUUUUGUUAAAUAAAAUAAAAGAUAGAUUUUAAUAACAAUGGUGAUGGAUGAUUGGCACACCCAAGGCAACGGCAGUGUUAUUACAAUGUUUACACUGAAGUGUUCGGUUGUGCAAAAUAAUUACAAGGAUUCGCUAACACCAUGAGAAUUUACUAGAUUCUGUGAAUGGAGUUUGAUAGUAACCUUGUUACAUUCCAAAUAUAAUAUGUAAAAUAUAGAUUUGUAAAUAAUAUUAACAACUGUAGAAUAGUCUGUAAUUAGUCAGAAUUCAAUAAAAAUUAUUUAAAGUGCAAACUUUCAAUGUUGCAAAUAAAAUUUUAUUAUUAAAAUUGAGCGCUGAGAUCCAUUUUCGUUAUCACAAUUAUAUUCAUAGAAAGUUUGUAUUGGAUGAUACUUAUUUGUAAACUAGUUUAUGCCAUUUGAGUGUACAGUGGCCUCGAAAUUUAUGAAGCAUUUCAUCAUUAGACAUAUUAUAUGCCCUCAAAUUAUUAUUUAUACAACUUUUCACAAAAGUUGUGUACAUAUAUCUCUUGUGGCAACUAAUUGUCAGUGUUUUGUCUUCCGCUCUAGUAGUUGUGUUCGAAACCUUUUGUAAAAAAAACAGCUCUGAUCUGAUCUGAAUCAUUCCAGCUCCAUCUGGGGUCCAAAAUUCAUGACUGACUGUUUACAUGACUCUCUUUAUUCUUUAUUGUUUUGAGGAAAAGUACACCUAAUACGGCUUGUAUUUCUGAAUGGUCAGUUAGUUUACAGUCUCUUACAAGGAAACUUGUUCUUCUGUUGUGAAUAUAAAUGUUUGUGCAAAUUACCACACUAUCGAUCAUAUAUGUGGUUAUGAAAACUAAUGAUUCUUUUUGAUUUGAAGAAUUCUUGAUAGGACCAAUGGAGCCGAGACAAGACAUUUUUACAUCUAGUUUUCUUGGAAAACCUUUCCAAAUCGUUUCUGUGUUUUUUUCCUAUAUAAAACCACCACUCCUCAUCAUCAGAUUGCUUUGAAUCACUACUGCUCAAAUUCUAUUCAAUAACUUCAUUGUCACCUUCACUUUCUUCAUUGAAAUUAUCAACAUCGUCUCGAAGUCCGUCCAAAUGUGAUAAAUUUUCCUCAAGCUCUCGUAACUCGUAACAUUAAUAUUUGAAUUGAAAAAUUCAAAUUUAUAUUGGUAAAUUAAGACUGUUUCAAUUUUUCAUUUCCAUACCUCAAUGGAGGGUAGAAGGUGUAAAUAUGAAACUUACCGAACAUCCCUCUUAUUCAUAAAAUUUUUGGUUGGUGUAAAGAAACUUCUGAAGGUCAUGAGUCUCAUUACAUGUUCACAUAAAACACUUUUAUUUUAGUUUUCAUAAACAUAGUAUUUUUCAAGAAAACCUGUUCAAGAAUUUAUUUAUUUUAUCUAGAUAUUGAUGAUUAGCCAUAUUCCAAGAAUUUGAAGGCAUAAUGAUGAUGAUGAAAAAUCAACAUCUUAAUGCUUAAUUUAAAGAUUAUUAAUUAAAUUAUUUACAAUUAUCAUUGAAUAGAUGUGUAAUAUUACAGUUACAUAUUCUACUAACCAAAAAAUAGAUAAGUUUCAAUUAUCGACCUGCUUCUAACAGUUUCUCUAUGCACGCCCUCCUUACAAUAGUAUUUUCUUUGAAUUCUAGGCUCCUGAAAAUUCUGCAUCUGAAAAAGCUGUUGAAGUAAGUAGUUAAAGUUCUGUGUGGUGCAUGUUGCGUUUUUUUAAAUUUUAUAUAUUUAUAAGAAAUUUCUUGUCUAUUAACAGAGUUUGGUUCCAAAAAAUGAAAUAUAAGCUUGUUGGAACCACAUUCAUUUUAAUAGAAAUAAAUGUGCACAUCCAAGGCAACGUCAGUGUUGUUAUAACAUUAGCACUGAAGUGUUCGGCUGUGCAAAAUUAUUACAAGGAUUCGCUAACACCAUGAGAAUUUACUAGAUUCUGUGAAUGGAGUUUGAUAGUAACCUUGUUACAUUAUAAAUAUAUAAUUAUUAAUAGAUAAUGUUCAAAAUUGAUAGAAAAUUUUUGCAAAACAAUUCAAUCUUAUAUUGGGAGGAAAUUUCAUGGUUUGCUGAUAGUUUUCAAUAGUUUAAACAGAUAUUUUAAAAUGAUUUGAAUCCAUCUGCAUUUCUCAUAUUGGUUUGAAAUUAACAUAUAAUAUGGAAAUAUAAUUAAAUUUUCGUAUUGCAGUUGAAGCACAGCUGAUUGAUUCAUGAUGAACCCAACAACUUUAUUGGUUUAUUCAUAUAAUUAAAUUUUCGUACCGCAGUCAAAGCUCGAGUGGUUGAUUCAUGAAAAACCCAUCAACUUAAUCGGUUUCUUGAUAUCAUUAAAUUUUCGUAUCGCAGUUGUAACUCAGGUGAUUGAUUCAUGGAAAAUCCUACAACUUUAUCGGUUUAUUGUCAUUUUCAUUGCAGUAACUUGCAUUUAAUUCUAUGCACAAAUUUUUCCUUUGGAUUAUCAAAGGUCAGUUAGAUAGUUAGACUAGCAAAAUAAAAGUUUCCAUCUUAUCAUUUUUAAUUAUUGUUGCUGGCAUUAGCUUAUUUCUAAUUUUGGAGCGACACAGAAGAGAAAAAGAACAUCAUAUGCCUAUGAUCUAUUACUACAAUUACUAUUAGUUCAGUAUCCGAUCAAUUCAAAUUACUUACCAAACAUUCAGAUCAUAUUUUCCAAAAAGCCAUAUAGUCUGUUUUUACCAUAAUGAGAAAAGAUGCUGCUAACAAGAUAUUGAUCUAAAUAUACCAGCUAUAUAUUUUUAGCUCUUGAUAGCGCACACUCUUUAUAAUACUACAAAAAGUAAUUAAGCAAAUAGAUUGGAGAGGUGCUAUAUUUAAUAAAUCGACCCAGAUUUGUGCAUAUGCAUAUGAUAUUGCAAUAAUAGCAAGAAAUAGAGACUGAUAGAACUUUUUCAAGGUGUAGAAAUAAAAUGUAAAGAACUCACCAUAGUUUUUAAUGAAUCUAAAACUGUAUUUAAGAAGAUACCUGCAUCAGAAGAUUGUAGGAGACUUAUAUAAGACACAUUACAAAGUUGUAAUAUAUCUUAUUUGUGCGAUCCUGAAGUUCAUUUAAAACAAAUUAAUAAUAAUAAGAAGUAGAACUAAGUUGAAAAUCUACAGGAUUCUAAUAAUACCAAUUAUAACUUAUGGCAGUGAAUGUUGGUGAAGAAUAUAUGGAGGAAUUAGAAUGAACGAACCAGACUGGAGAAUCCAAAAUAAUAAAGAAAUCAAUGUAAUACUAGGCAAUUAAAACAUCGUCCGAUACAUUAAAGUCCAGAGGUUGAGAUGAUUCAAAGAAUACAGAUCAAGAGAAGAGAAUCAUGAAUGCCAAAACAUCAGAUGGACUGGUCAAGUUCACGAAGACUUACAAACAAUGAAUGGGGAUUUUUGGUGAAGAACAGACCAGUUUGGAAGUAAAUUGUCGAGAAGGUUGAAGUAUUUAAGAAAUAAUUUCAAAAAUAAAAAUAUUAAAUAAAAGCUUAUAAUAAGGACCAAAGAAUCCAUUUAUCCAAAUAAUAUCAAAGUUUCCUAUACAGAUAUAAUUUUUUUUAAUUUGUUAAGAUUUGUAACUUUUUCAAAGCAUUGUUUUUUCAAUUGAUUUUUUAUUGAUAACUAUCCGUUGAAUAUUGUUCCCAGGGAAUAAUUGCCUCUACUCUAUAGCAACUGUAACCAGUUUUUCAUGUUUUGUAUAUAUAUAUAUUUUUUUAAAUUAAAUUAGUGAAAGUCAUAUUCACACUCAUUUUCACCAAACUCAGGUAAAGUGGCAUGGAAAUCCAAUGAUAUACUCAAAUUGUUAUAAUCUAUGGAAACUUAACACUGGUAGACUCUAAUAAGGUAGAUUUUACAUGUUUAGCUCUGUGUCUGUGAAUUUUUUUUCAAUAUAAUAAUAUUGUAUAAGAGAAUAAAAUAAGCUGAAUGUAAUAUUUUUGUUACAGGAAAGUCAACCAGUGCAGAAUACAACUACAGAGAGCAGUGCUUAAGCGUAAUCGCGCUCAAGUCCAUCACUCUAAAAUAUUCAUAAUUAUGUUAACAACGUUUAGCGCGUGAGUUUGUAAACUAUAGCAGACAAAAAGGCAUUUCAUGUAGUCCAUUUGUCUCUAAGGAUUUCUUGUCAAUUCACCAAAAAAAAUACUUGCAAAAAAUAUGUGUUUGCUGCAGUUUGGCGCUGCAAUUUUCAAUGAGAGUUAACUAAAACAUUUUUGAUACUUUUUAUAUUCUCUUUGAUGUUUGUAUACUGAUUUGUAAAUUGUAGAUAAGCAAAUUCAAACUCGUUUGAAAAUGGCGACAAACUGAUUUGUAUUUUUGUUAUCGGAUCAUGAAAUGUCUUAAGACCUUAUGUCUUGCUGCAAAUUUUUCCUUCAUAACAAUUAAAAAGUAAAAAAAUACUUUAAAAUUCGAUGUUCUGUCUUGUCAACAGUGACGAGCGUCGUACCAAAAAAAAUGAUUGCAACAUCUAACUUUAAAAAAAAUCUUUUCCAACUUGUGAACAAAAGGGAAAAGACCAAAAAAAAGUUGAAAAAAUACAAAAAAAUUCGCAAAACUCUCAAACAAGGACAGUUCAAUUUUCAACUGUUUUGGGUAAUAUUUUUUUCUCAUAAUUUGUUCAUGAAAUCUCAUCAUACAAAUAUAAAAUUUUUGGUAUUCUUUGGGUGCUAGUCAUGUAAGUAAUUGAGUAUAUUUUCAUAUUUAAUUGUGUAAUUUUUUGAGAAUAUCACAGAUGUACUAUUGGAGUUAAUAUUUAAUUUUUUUUCAGUACUUUGUACAAAAGGGAAAUAAAACUGUUCUCGAAGAA